AUGUCUAUAGUAUCGCUUUUGGGUAUAAAAGUCUUAAACAAUCCUGCCAAAUUUACAGAUCCAUAUGAAUUCGAAAUCACAUUUGAAUGUCUUGAGCCGUUGAAACAUGAUUUGGAAUGGAAACUAACAUAUGUUGGGUCUUCGCGCUCUUUAGAUCAUGACCAAGAACUUGAUUCUAUUCUUGUGGGACCUAUUCCAGUGGGAAUUAACAAGUUCAAGUUUGUGGCAGACGCACCUUCACCGGAUUUAAUCCCAGCGAGUGAGUUGGUUAGUGUCACCGUUAUAUUACUUUCGUGUUCUUACAACGGAAAAGAAUUCGUUAGAGUUGGUUACUACGUGAAUAAUGAAUAUGAUUUAGAAGAAUUACGGGAAAACCCACCACAAAAAGUCCCUAUAGACCAUGUUGUGAGGAAUAUUCUUGCUGAGAAACCAAGAGUGACAAGGUUUAAUAUUGUGUGGGACAACGAAGGUGAGGAAGAGUUUUAUCCACCUGAACAAGAAGAACCCGAGGAAGAAGAGGAUGACGAGGAGGAAGAGGAGGAGGAAGAUGAACAGGAUGAACAGGAACAGGAUGAGGAUGAAGGAGAAGCUAUAGAAGAAGAUAUCGAAGAAGAUAUUGAAGAAGACAUUGAAGAAGAAGAAGCUGAAGAAGAGGAGGCUGAAGAGGCGGAGGAAGAAGCGGAGGAAGAAGCUGAAGAAGCUGAGGAAGAUGAGGAGGACGAAGAAGCUGAAUCUGAGGAUGAGCAAUCGGGACCACAGAAAAAGAAGUUGAAACUAAAAUCAGACUCUUCAAACCAACCAAAAGAAGAUGAAAUUGAUUCCCAAUCGAAAUCUACUGCCCAAAAAGAAAGUAAGGAUGUUGAAGAUGAAAAUAACGUCGAUUUGCCCACUCCACAAGACACUACUCAACAUAAAUGA